UUUUAAGGAAAUUCCUUUCAAUCAUAAACCUUUUUUGUAAAAAUAUUUUUCUACCGUAAUAUCACAAUGAAUAAUGUUAAUAAUGUUAUUAAAAUUGUCGAUGGCGUAGUAAACGCUAUAGACCCAUAUGUUUCUUUGAUUGAAACAGCUUCAGGUUUAAUUAAGACAAUAAUAGAAAUUUGUCAGGCGGCAGAGUAUAACAAAAAAAUUUGCCAUGCCCUAGCAGAACGAGUUGGAAUAACUACUGGUGCUUUAGAGUUAUUAAAACUUAGACAAGAAAAGGAAUUACGUGAUGAAGUAUAUUAUGAUGCUUUUAAUAAAUUUAUAUACACUUUAGAAAAAAUUAAAAAUUAUAUUGAUGAAAUUUCGAAUAUUCAAGGUUUUAGAAAAUAUGCAAAAGCUAUUUUUGUUAAGGAAAAAUUUAUGAGACUUACAGAAGAAUAUGAUACUGCAAUGAAAGA